AUGACCGCUCUAGCCACAUCUCCAUCACUGACACGGACGGUCACCGACGUUCUCCGCCACCAUCGCCAACUCGGCCGCGACGUGCAGCAAUACCAACACGGAACCUUGCCCGACCCAAACGCACGUCCCCACUGGGCGCGCGUUCACAAUCGCUCUCCGCAGCACCUCGACCGCGGACGGCCUCCACCACCUGCAUUCUCGCCAAUGCGACCACCAUGCAGACCUGCCAUUGGAAUGCCAAUACCGCGCCUGGCCGACCGCAAAACACGCGCCCCCUCUGCGCGUGCAGCUUCGUCCCCCCUCUGGCUCAAGUUUCGCGACCGCACACAGCUUGACCACCAUGCAGACCUCCCAGCUUGCCAACACCAAUCCCACGCCGAGCUUCUCGCAAAACAUGCGCACCCACUCAUCCCAACACGACGCCUUGCCCGACCGAAACGCGCGCCCUCACUGCGCGCGCAAUUCGGCACACGUUCAUGGCCCCUCUCCACAGCACCUCGACUGCCAACGCCCUCCACCACCUACACUCGCCACCUCGACCACCACGCGGACCUACUGUUUGAAUGCCAAUACCGCGCCUUGCCCACCGCAAAACACACGCCCCCCGCCGCAUGCGCCACCACCUCGACCAUCUCGCCCACGCUUCACGACUGCACCCAGGUCGACCACCGCGCGGACCUCCCAUUCGAACGCCAAGGCCGCACCUGGCCUCUCGCAAAGUGCACCCACGCAGCGCACGCAAUUUCCUCGACACUCUCGCCCCCAUUUCGGGACCGCGCCCAGACGGCAAAUGCCAACUGGCAUGCCCCAAUAGUCGCACCACGAACAACUCCCACUUCGCCCGAUUUCCUCUCGCAACUGCCACCAUGGCCUCCAUCACUGAUGCUCCUGCAGCCACCACUGGCAUCAAAUGCAAGAUGA